GUUCGACCCUCCGACUCAGGACUCGUUAGUCCCUGAGGAGCCUGUCCCAGACAGGUUGGUCGUCUCAUGGCGUGAUCAGAGGGAAGCCGACCUGUGCAAAGCUUUCUCCAAGUGGACAGUCGUCUUCGAAUCAUGGGAUGCCUCCGAAGUUUCCAUUGCCAAGCAAGUGUCCGAAUGUGUAUCUGCAGUGUCCCGAGAGUCCCUGCUGGGGGACUACCUGGCUCGCAAGGCACCUAGCACAUGCCUUAGGCGUGCAAACAGCAUGUUAAGAUUGAACCGCCGCGCUGCAGGGAGCUCCCUUGUCAUGCCAAUUCGGGAGCCCGAGCUUUACCAGGUCCUUAGGGAUGCCAAAGCAGGGGGAGCUUCGCUCUCCGAACUCAGGUGCAUCAUGGAAGCAGUGACUUUUGUGAGGUACACCUUUGAUGUAGAGCAGUUCAGCGCAUGUGCAAAGAGCCGACGGUGCUGGGGCCUUUCCAGUGCAAAGCGAGCCCAACUUGUGACUAGGGCCGAUCCUAUGAGGGUCGUCGAUGUGCAUGAGUUGCACUCCAUCUUGAACCAUGGUGCUGAUCUGUGGGAUAGGCUCAUGUGCGGUGCAGCACUUUGCUGCAUAUACAGCAGGGGCCGAUGGAAUGACCUGCAGCAUGUUGACAACUGGGUCCUGGAGACUAGCGAAGAUGGGGAUGUCGAGUUUGCAUCAGUGAUGGAACUUGUUGCACCAGGGGCUGGCCUUGAUGAAGGCUGCUGGAUCUCGGAGUUCAUGAAGGUGCGUGAACUUCUUGGUGCAACAUACUCAGAUGGUUUUCCUACCAUGCCGGCGCCUGAUGAAUCGGGUGCCGCAACUGUAAGAGCACUCAGCUCUGGGGAAGCGGGAGCUUGGCUUAGAGCACUGCUGUCUGACCGCGACGGCCUCAGAACCACGACUCACAGUCUGAAGUCCACCUUACUUUCGUAUGCCGCGAAGCGGGGCAUAUCUCAUCUUGACAGGCUCUGCCUAGGUGGGCACUCGCACGGGGCAUCCAUGUCCGAUGUGUACGCCCGGGAUGCUCUCGCCCGGCCGUUGAGGUUAUUAGCUGGCAUGAUCUCAGAGAUUCGUUCUGGUGUGUUCGUGCCGGAUGCUGGUAGGGCUGCUCGCUUCCCGGGUAGGCGAAAUGAGGCUGCCCUCGAAGGUGAUGCGGAAGCUCUUCGGUUAGGACCCCUGAAAGCCUCUGCUAAGUCAGCUGCUCGGGACCUGGGCAAGGGCACGUUUUCCGAUGCCGUCAAAGUCGUAGCUUCGUUGCGGGAGCCCAGCCCCGAGCUCGACAACCAAGAUGAGGCGGAGGGUGGAGAUAUCGAUGGCGUGGACCCUGAAGCAGGCGUCUCCUCGGCCGGGGACUCUGCGUAUGAUUUUGAAUGGCCACCGUUCGUAUACAGUCUGCGGAAGGGCAGUGGAUCCGAGCGGUCCCAUGGCUGCCCCGACGCCGAGUUCAAGUCAUUUGCCGAUGAGGUGUGCGGAGGUGAAGCAUCGAUUGGUCAGGUUAAGCGGCUGCUUCCAGGUAUCGUUAUCGAAGGCGAAAUGGAACCCAGCCACUCGCUGAUCGAUCAUGUUGCGCGCAUGGGCGAGUGUGCAGUGGAGGCUGCACAUUCCACGGCCCUGGAGGUUCAAUGGUGCCUCCAGCGUAGGGGCAUUGCCUUCGUGAUGUGCGGUUUCUUGAAGCACGAGACUCAUGCAAAGUGGGUUUCCCAGAUCCUCAGGGCAGUAUCUUCCGAGGUGCCUCCGGGGUAUGCGUCAGUCUCGCUGCAGCAAGCCCUUCGUGCAGAUUCUGAGAUGUUCCUGCUUCUUUCGAAGGAGGUCUCGAGAGUUAAGCCCGACAGCUCGGGGAUCAUGGAGAUGGACGUGAAAAUGCAAGCCCUGAGGCUGGACCCGCGUGUUACCACUUACCUGCUGCCGCUGCAAAAACCGAAUGCUCAUCCCGUGCCGCCUCCUCCGGAGCCGGAGGGUGCCGACGGCUUGAAGCCGACCAAGCGGCAGAAGAAGAAGGAUCUGAGGUUGAAUGCCCCAGUGAAGGUUGCAAACAUGCCUGAUGAAUUGAAAGGCUGCCCAUAUCCGGCCGAUACAUCGGGUCGGCGAUUCUGUUGGCCGUUCAAUCUUAGCAAAGGUUGCAAUGCCAAGUGCGAAGGGGCGGUUCUGCUGUUCUCACCCGCACAACGAACCAAGCAGUUCGGAUGGUCUUCCAUCUCGAGCUCACGUGAGCAUGAGUUCUCCAUGGAUUCAAAUUCGCAUUCAUUCAAUUUCGAACCAAGAAGCAUUGCCACUCCAGCUCAGCUGAGCCCAGCCGAGUCUCUCGCGUUGGAUUGCCUGCGUGCUGGCAAAUGCGAUAGCCAUGAUUUCCUAGCUCUGUCAAACUUGUUGCCGGGAGAGGCCCCUGCGAGGUCCGGCAAGCCUGUUGGCGACGAGCGCUCUUUUACGACUGGCGCUUAUUGUCACGGUCCCAUGGUUGGACUUCGGCACAACUGCAAAGCUUUUAAGUUUUCCACGUUGCUGUUGACUACAUGUGCAAGAGUUGCCUUUAAAGAUUUGGAUUUCAGCACUGUCGGCCUCUUUAAGAACAUCAAGACAACCCGACAUCGUGAUCGCAACAACUUGAGAAACACCUUGAAUGGAGUGGUGGCCCUGUCAUCCUUCAAAGGAGGAGGCGUACGUUUGCACCGUCCCGAUGGUGCCGAGGACUUGCAAGUCAAUGCCGGUCCCAUCAUGUUUGAUGCAUCCAUAGAGCAUGAAACUUUGGAAUGGUUCGAUGGCCCUCGACUUGUGUUGGUGGCGUUUAGCGUGUCCAAGAUUUCUCAGCUUGACUCGGGCGCCAAGCAAUAUCUGACUGAGGUUGGUUUUCCUUUGCCCCUGGCUGUACCAGCCCAAAGUGCAGCAUCGACUGUACUGCCAGGCCACACCACGUCAGCGACUACAACCAGUUCAGAAGGACUUAUUCUGGAUGUGUUUGCAGGUGAUGCCGUCUUCGCCAAACAAGCCCAGAAAGCUGGAUUCAAAGUGCUUGCGUUUGACGUCAACCCAAAGCGCGUGCAAUUUCCUGUCCAACCGCUUGACAUCACAAAGUCCGAUGAAAUGCAAGUCCUGAAAGAUGUGAUUUCCGAAAACCGCAGCAGUCUUACACUGGUGCAGAUCACCUUGCCGAUGCUUGCCGCUUUCUUUUCCCCGGACCGAGGUUCCAAAGAGUUCGCUGCAUCAUUAACCGCAGCCGUCGUUGACUUGUCGUGGUAUGCCAUAAACUUUUCAGUCGACGUGGCCAUCCUGCACCCGGCAAGCUCAGCGUUCUGGUCUUUUGACAAAGUAACCCAAUUGGUGCAACAUUUGCCUUCAUUGACAGUUCAGUUCCAUCAAUGCAUGCACGGCGGUUCUCAAGAUCGCUUGGCUUCCUGGUGGUCAACUGGUUCUUGGCAUGCUGCCCUCGCCGUGCGGGCGAUUGACCUCCUCGCCGUCGCAACUGGUGGUUCCGCUGCUCCGGCGAGGCCCCUCGUCAGCGAGUUCGCGCGAUACGAUGCUUGGGCAGUACCCUUGGAUUGCACUGCGUUGGACGCCCUCUGCGACAAGUGGUCGUGGGCCCUGUGUUCCGAAUCACCCGAUGAGCCGCAUUCACAGGUGUCUCUUCUGAUCGACAACCUCCUCGAGAGCCCGAUAAGGAAUUCAUGGCCAGAGCACGUCGCCAAAGUCCUUGGGGAUAAAUCCACCGUCUUGCUUGAUGAGCUCCUACACAAGUUCGAUUUUCCUGCCGCCUACUGCCACUCUGCAGGCACAGUUGAAGACCGCCAGGUCGCCCGGGGAUGGUUGUUUGAAGACCCCGAGCCGGCCCUUGAUUCCGUACUCAUUGCUCGCCAUCCGCGAUUCCUUGGUGUAAAUGCUUUACCGUUUGGAGCAACCGGGAGCGUCCCAGGCUUCCUUAGAGACGAGGAUGAAGAAAUCGUAGAUAAGACCGCCUCGACCUUCCUGAAACUCCUUUCUGUCCUCUUUGCAGAGGAAG